AGCAUUUCGAAACUUCUAAUCGAUCAAAUAAACCACACGUAGCAAAUAAACUAUUAAAAAAAAAAAUGUUAACCAAAUUCGACAUUGACCUCCAUACAAAAACACGCCACCUGCGUGGGCUUUGAACGCGGUACUUGGCUCACACCAGGUAGGCAGUCCCGUAACAAAACUAAUAUUUUUUUUUAGCCGGUGUAAACUCCUUUCACCGGUGUAACCCGGGCCAGAUAAUUGAAUUCCCCCAGUGGCGGUAGGAUGAGAGGAUCAAAGAAGUGCAACAUCGGCUACAUAAUUUUUCUACGUAGGAGUCCACAUUUAAGUUUUCCGAACUGGAUCUACCAAUGCCGAACCCCAUGGACGACCGUCUGCGCGUGGUGGCCGUGAUACAUGCUUUGAAAGCAUCUGGAGUUCGCGUGAAAAAUUGGAAGAACUUCUUCAAUGGGCCAGACACGAGUGGCACUGUCAGACCGAUGGAUGUCUUUCAGGAGAACCAAUCUCAAUUUGCCUUUGGUCGGGACCUGAUCUUGCUGCCCCAGUGCCUUUUAACUGAUAUGAGUGGGACAGUGCCAAAGUUCUUGGUGGAUGCCUGUGAAUUUUUAUCCCAUCAUCUUCAUACUGAAGGGCUGUUUCGAAAGACGGGGUCAUUGAGUCGGAUCCGUGCUUUGAAGGCUGACCUGGAGCAGGGUGAGCCAGUCUUUUCUCUGCCACAUUCAGCCACUCUGCAGUCCUGUGAUGUGGCGUCUCUUGUGAAGCAGUUCUUACGGGAGUUGCCCUCUCCCCUCAUCCCUAUGGAUCUACAGGUGCCACUGUGCUGUGCACAGGGCUUAGAGGAGGAGGGGGGCCAGGAGCAGGGUAAAGAUGGAGUCACUCUUCUUCUUACAGCCCUGUUCCCUCUUUCUCAUUCACGGGCCCUCCGAUACUUCUGCACUUUCCUGAGACAGACGGCUCAAAGAUGUGAAGAGAAUCGUAUGGAAGUGGGCAAUCUGGCCCUUGUGAUUGCACCUAAUUUGCUACAUUGUCCAGCUGGGGGCUCUAAACUGACCGCAGGCACAGAGAGACAACUGGAUAGACAAGCAGCAGUGAUCAAGACACUCAUCAUACAUGCAGAUCGUAUCGGUGUCGUUCCCCCGUCUAUUGUGGACAUGGCAACUGUAGCAGAGUCGGGUGAAUCCACUACACCCCCAGUUGACGGAGGGAGAUGUCAGGAGAGGGCAGGACUUGGUGUGUAUAGAAGUUUAAUAAGUCAAAGGAGGCGCAGUGUUGGAGAGAUAUUUGUGGAUGCUCUCAGUAAAUUCAAGACAGGCCGCACACACACUGGCCCUUCACACCCCACAGACGGCCGGCAAAAUACAAAGACAUCUCACCACACCACACCUCAAUCACCAGUCACAUCCAAACGAAAAUCGAGCGAAGAUGCUGUCCCUGAUGUAGAGGGCUCUGCUAAAAAAAGACGCUCUAUCCAUGACCUAAGAAAAGACAACCAAUCCAUCAGCAAACUACAUUCAAAUGACUCCGAGUCGGCAGUCGGCCAAAGCCUUUCCAGUACUCACACCUCUGUCCUGAGUGUAGGGGAGGGCAGUAGGGAGCAGGAGCUGUCUGUCACUCUCAGUGCCUCAGAGAAGAGGAGGAAUCACAAAAAAUAUCAUAAAACGUCAAACAAGCAUCCGGUGCAAGAUGACAAGGCUCAUCGAAGGAGAUCUCUCCGAUUCUUCAACAUGCCAAGCUGGAGCAGCCCUAACCCUUCCCCCACACCCAUUGAGAAGGACACUGAGAAUUGGAUCAUGGGCAGUAGGACGGUAUCUGAUGGUAUGACUGAAGCAUCCAGCUCUGAGGCUGAACGGUACAGGAUUCCUGUCAAAAUGAUUGAUGGCCCUGGACGAGUUCUAGUGGGGAAUGACAUGGAGGCUAAACCUGAUCUGCUGAACUACAGCUUCGCUGAAAAUCUUGAUGACUUCCUGGAUCUCGUGACAUUGGACUCGCCUACCGGGACAGAAGAUGGGGAAUCACGUGCAUGCUCUGUGCUCAAGUUGGAAAAUGAGACAAUAGAGGAAACAGUUUCCUACUGUCUGACUAACAGUGUAUUUAGGGGUCAUUUCAACGCUCUGGCAACACUGUUCCGUAGCCCCAGGGUUUCUCCCCAACCCCCUGAACCCCAGCUCAGCAAUGCCCUGCAUGAGCGUCAGGGGGUGGGGGGUCAGGGGGUGGGGGGUCAGGGGAGUGUUGUCCAUCUGCGUCGGCAGGGAGAAAGGCGGUUUGGACGCUCCAUCAGUCACGAUGGUGUUCCCGGAUCUUUUCCAGGACAAGCUCCUAAAAAUCAGCAGGAUGAGCCAGGGGUUUUUCAAAGUCCCAGUGAGACAGUUCUAUGUUCACCACCAAAGCCAACUCUAAGUCUUUAUCAAUUUGCCCAAGAGGGGCAGAAUGAAAUCCAACAUACUCCAGAUCCUCAACUACAACAGGAUAACCCCUUGCAAACUCUCCAGUAUUUGUGUACUCCUCCAUCACUAAAUCCAAAGCCGAACCAGGGAUCUCGCCAGGGGCAAUUUAACAAAUCACAACUGCAUCUCAGGGAAAGCCAAUUGAAACUGUUGGAGGAACAAUACACAGAGUCAGGUCUGCAUGACCUGCUGGAGAUGCACUUGAAUAUAUGUGAUCCAAAGGAGGAGCAAGGGCAAUACCUUACAGUUCCAAUGCAGUUUGAUAGACCGUCUCAGACAGACACUAUCUUAGAUGUUCUACCUCAGACCAUGGUCCCCCUACAGCAGGAGCCCCAAACUACUGAAGUCAAACUUCCUAUCCCUUCUCCUCUAACCCCUCCUCUCUCUCAAACAGAAACAUGCUCUCCCAGUCCCAGUAUACCCUCUGCCACAACGAUAGACAGAACAUCAUCAACUGAACUCUACACUGUUCCGUUAGUGGCUAACUGCUCCCUAACCUCUGUCACGGCUUUUGACUUUAUAGAGGUCGACAGAGGGGUCAGUGAGAGUGAUGGGUCUUCUCUUCCUGUGGAAUUAUCCCCACCCCCAGUCUUGCAGUUCAGUCACCUGGCCACCAGGAGAGGCUACAGAGAUUCGCCUCGCUGGCCUAUCCAUGAUAUUAGCAUUGCCACAGGGGACCCCGUUCAUAUAUACCUUGGUGCAGGGGACCCUCUACAGAUAUGACAUGUACAGGACAUACAAAGUGGUUCUUUGUUUGUAGGGCUUUGGUUUUGAGUAUUAGGGUUUUAAAAUGGGUAAAUAAAACCACACAAAGACGCAUCUGUUACUUGAUGUAAUUGUGCCAAGUUAUAUCCUCACAAUUUUUAUUUUAUGAUGUUUUCAUGAGGUUGUUUUUAUUAGUCUCUGUUAUGUUUUGUUAUUAUUGUGUCCGAAGUUGCGUUUGACAUAUCUCAGACUAUUUAAUUUGCUUAUUCUUUAUCU